CACACUGACGUUCGGCGUUUUGUUGUGAAAUUUACCUGACUUACCUUACCUCACCUUACCCCCCCGAACCGUGGACAUGGAUGAAUCCUCGCGCCAGCACAUGGACGACUGCUUCCUGCGCAGCCCCAGCAAUGUCCGCACCACCAACGUGCCCGCAGCGCCCAAGUCACAGGCGGACAACAAGUCCCGCAAGACGGAGCUGCAUGUCCUCCGGCUGAAGGACGAGUCCCGCCAGAUGACCAUGGACACGCUGCGCUCGAUCCACGGGCCGGACUUCAAGCUGGACGACAUCAGCAAGUACAAGGAUCGCGGCAGAGGCGGUCACGGGGUGAAGCACUCGUACUGGCAGGAUCGCGGCACCCUGAUGGUGCAGAGCGUCCAGGGUGUGAGUGCCAGCCGCGGCGACAACAGCGACGGGGACCGCCUGCGUCGUUAUGCCCUGGCCAAGCUGGAAAACUAUGGCUUCCAGGCCGUCCACUGCCUGGAGGCGUACGAUCACUGCUCCGGUGACACAGAGGCUGCAUUGCUUUUGCUCUACCGCCGCUAUAUGCGUGUCCCGGAAACGGAGCAGACCCAUUUGGAGGCACCCAGCGAAGCAGAGCUCCUGGACAUGCGAGCGGAUGAGAAGGAGGCCCUGGAAUCCAUAUACGACAAGGCGUACGAGGAGCGAGAACAUAACCGCGUGUGGAACCUCAAGUUUCGCAUCGAUCAUCUGCUGGCCCACAGUCCCUCGGAGGUGCGUAAGGCCCGGGAGGCGGCCCUGGCGGCCGCUGCUGCCGCUGCCCAGGCGGCGCUGGACAAGAAGAAGAAGGCGCCGCAACGGUGUCGGAACUUUGAUCGAGAUGGAACCUGCCGGUUUGGUCCCAAGUGCCGAUUUGCCCACCUGCCACCGCAGCCCAUGGAAAAGGAGGUGGCCCCCAAAAAAGGUGAUGGUGUCGAUGAGAACGACAAUGAGCUGUGGUUCCAUGUGGAGGUGCGCUUUCCGCCUGGCAGCCGGUAUCCGUACGAGGCGCCCUUUAUCUACCUGAAGACCACCUGCCACGACAUACCGCACGAGCUGCGCCUGCGCUACGCCCGUCACCUGUACCGCGAGGCCAGGGAGAUCUGCCGGGAUGGAAUACCCUGUGUGUAUAGCAUCUGUGACCUGUUGCAGUCCAACGAAGAGCUGGCUGGACACCUGGACACGGCUGCCUUUCCCUCACCCAAGCGCUCGAUCUUCCACGACGAACCAGAGGGCAAUGGCCAGGAUCUGGAUGGCGAGGAUCAGCAGGCCUUGAAGCCCACGCAUUACGCCCGCGGGCAGACCUCCCGGAAUGAGGGUGCCAACCAGCGCAACGCCGAGGCACAGGCCCGCGAGAAUCGCCGACUGCUGCAGCAGUUCGUGGAGCGUCGGAAGGAGGAGCGCUACCAGAAGGUCAUCGAUGGUCGGAAACAGCUGCCCGCCUUUGCCGAAAUCGAACGUAUUUUGGCGCUGAUUGAGAGCUCGCCGGUGGUGGUGAUAUCCGGAGAGACGGGCUGCGGCAAGAGUACCCAGGUGCCGCAGUUCAUUCUGGACAAUUGGUUCUUCCGCGGCCUCCAGCUGCCCGCCAAGGAGAGUUUGCCCCACGUUGAGAUUAUAUGCACUCAGCCACGUCGCCUUUCGGCCAUCGGAGUGGCGGAGCGGGUGGCUGCCGAGCGUCUGGAUCGUAUUGGCCAGCUGGUGGGCUACCAGAUCCGGCUGGAGAACAAGAUCUCGGCGAGCACCCGGCUUAGUUUUUGCACCACGGGCAUCCUGUUGCGUCGCCUGGCCUCGGAUCCGCUGCUGAGCAGCGUCACGCAUGUCAUUGUGGACGAGGUGCACGAGCGAUCCGAGGAAUCCGACUUUCUGUUGCUCAUCCUCAAGAAUCUGUUGAGGGAGCGAAAGGAUCUCAAGGUGAUCCUCAUGUCGGCCACCCUGAAUGCCGCCCUCUUCUCUGAUUACUUUGGCGGAGCGCCCGUGCUGGAUAUACCGGGACGCACCUUUCCCGUGCAGCAGCUUUUCCUGGAGGACAUACUGGAUAUGAGUGGCUUUGUGAUGGAAUAUGACACCAAGUACUGUCGCAAGCUCAAGAAGCAGGAGCAGGAGGUGCUGGAGCGGGAGCUGGAGUAUGCCGAUGUCCAGGCCUCGGGUCAGGCGCCGGGCAAGAAGAUCAAGGACGAGAAGCUAACCCUGGCCGAGACCUAUCAGCGAUAUGCGGAAUACAGCAAGCCCACGUGCAAAAGCAUCUACCUGAUGGAGCCGAUGACCAUCAACCCGGAGCUCAUCGAAUCCGUGCUCAAAUACAUUGUCGAGGGCUCCCACGACUGGCCCAGGGAGGGCACCAUCCUCAUCUUCCUGCCCGGCUUCGGGGAAAUUCAAACCGUCCACGAUUCCCUGCUAGACAACGCCCUGUUCUCGCCCCGCGCCGGCAAGUUCAUCCUGGUGCCGCUGCACUCAUCCCUGUCCGGCGAGGAUCAGUCGCUGGUCUUCAAGAAGGCGCCGCCCGGCAAGCGAAAGAUUGUGCUCAGCACGAAUAUAGCGGAGACCUCGGUGACCAUCGACGACUGUGUGUUCGUGGUGGACUGUGGCCUGAUGAAGGAGAAGUGCUUCGACUCGAAUCGCAACAUGGAGUCGCUGGACCUGGUCUGGGUCUCCCGAGCCAACGCCAAGCAGCGCAAGGGUCGCGCCGGUCGUGUGAUGCCCGGUGUGUGCAUCCAUCUGUACACCAGCUACCGGUACAGCCACCACAUCUUGGGACAGCCGGUGCCGGAGAUCCAGCGCGUGCCGCUCGAGCAGAUUGUGCUACGCAUCAAGACCCUACAGAUGUUCGCCUCCCGCAACACGCUCUCGGUGUUGCUGGAGACUCUGGAGGCGCCCACGGAGGACAGUGUCCUGGGUGCCCUAACCCGAUUGAGGGAUGUGGGUGCCCUGGAUGCCGAUGAUCAGUUGACGCCGCUGGGCCAUCAUCUGGCCGCUCUGCCCGUAGACGUGCGCAUCGGCAAGCUUAUGCUGUACGGGGCAAUCUUCCAGUGCCUGGACAGCGUCCUGACCAUAGCCGCCUGCCUGGGCAACAAGUCGCCGUUUGUGAGUCCGAUGAACAAGCGAACGGAGGCGGACAAGUGCAAGCGGAUGUUUGCCAUGGGGAACAGUGAUCACCUCACCGUGCUAAAUGCAUACAGGAAAUGGCUGGAUGUGGCGCGGCGAGGGAACUUUGCGGCCAGCAGAAAUUAUGCCAGCGAACACUUCCUGUCGCUGAACACGCUCGAGACCAUAGCCGACCUAAAGUACCAGUAUCUGGAGCUGCUCGUCUCCAUUGGGUUUGUGCCCAUCGAUGUGCCUCGGCGGCGUAAAAGUGCCAGCGACAAUAUUUUGCAAUUAACCGGCGUGGAGCAGAAUCACAAUGGCGACAAUAACCGCCUGUUGACCUCGCUCCUCUGCGCCGCCCUUUAUCCCAAUAUCGUGAAGAUAAUGACCCCGGAGCGUGUCUAUGUCCAGACAGCCGGCGGUGCCGUGCCUCGUGAGCCGAGCCAUCAGGAUCUGCGCUUUAAGACCCGCGGCGAUGGUUAUGUGAAGAUACAUCCUUCAUCGGUUAACUCGCAGGUGGCCGUCUUUCAGGCACCCUUCCUCGUCUACCAGGAGAAAGUGCGCACCAGUGCCAUCUACAUACGGGACUGCUCGAUGCUGCCGCUCAUCGCCAUGGUUUUGUUCGCUGGCAGUGACUUCAAGGUGGAGCUGCACGACGGCGAUUUCCUGUUUCUGCUGGAGAGCGGUUGGAUAAUACUGAAGGCCCACGACCACGAGACGGCCGAGAUGGUUCAGUGCCUGCGGGCGGAGCUGAUCAAGCUGCUGGAGGAGAAGAUACGGGAUCCGUGCCUCAACCUGUUGCACCACAAGAACGGCUGUCGUAUGAUCGCCAACAUAGUUCAUUUGCUAAGCAAAAAUAGCUGAAAGUCCUUCUCGUCUGUCCUCCAAAUCGUUUGUAUAUUUUGUAUAAUAGCUGUUAUAGCCGAUAUUUAAAAUGAUUUCUCAGAUAAUUAUACGAGUAAAUGAACGCCAAAACGAGAGCAAUACUUACCGAUUCACCGAAAAUGAAGGCUUUAAAAAAGAAUAUAAAGGAAGUGUUUUUUUUUAAGGUGGUUUUGUGGUAAAUAUUUCCUGAAUAUAUAUAUAUUUCAACUGA